AUGGAUGAUGAGCUAAGUGAGAGCUUAUGGAAAGGGCUUCCUGGGGAUUUGAAGCUCAAAGCUGCAGUGACCAGGGUGGCAUUCAGGAUCCCCAGAGGAGGGAGAAGGGAAGAAAACAAGAUCACAGUCCUGCCAUUCACGAUAGAAGACUUGGGUCUUCCUGAGGACCUGCUUGAAAACAGUCCCAUGCAGAGAAAGCUGGAUGAUAUUCAAGGAUCACCUCCUCCAAGCUCAAGAACCUUCCAUUCCAAAGAGCAGGGAGUCAGGCAAAAAGGCCAGGAGGCCAGUAGAGAUGAAAAAGGAGAUCCUGGCAAAACUCAAACACAGAAAGUAUACAAAAGGAAUACAUACAAGAAGAAGCAGGAACAGAAGCCUUCCCAAAGGGAAGCUUCCUGGGCAGAAGGUUUGCUGGGGAGGCUGGCGGGGGAUGGGGAAGCCACUCUGCUCGCCUCGGCGUCCCAGCCAAACUCCGGCUCUGCCCCGCGGGUCCCGUUCCGCCGUGCCGGCUCCCGGAGUAGGCUCGCCGCGGGCAGAGCGCUCACACCCCACGUCGCGAAUCCCUCCCAGCCGCCCGGCAGCGGACACCAGCCCCGGGCUCUCCCGGACGCCAGAGCGCAGCCCGCGGUCCUUGCCAGGACCCGCCGCCCCACGGCUCCCACGGAGCGGGAGCACAUCCCGGCCGAGGAGAGCGGCGUGCUGAGCGGGGCCAGCGAGCGGACUGGAGAGAGGAGCGGGGUCCGAGCCGGGUGGGGGAACCUCCGUCGGCAGGGAGACGUGCCCCUUUGUGCCGGGAAGCGACACGCGCGCCUCCGCCCGAGCAUCUCUUCAACUCCGGAUCUGAUGGGGAUUAAAAACCAGGAGAUAAAGCCGCCAGCCCGGCCCUCUGGACUUGGGUGCCCCUCCCCUUCCCGGGCUGCUGGAAGGGAGACACUCACUGAAUUGUUUCUUGCCCUCCCCCGCCCCUCGCCUCUAAAAGCAGCACAGGCUCGACGAGAAGGCUCUUACCUUCCCCGGGUGGCUGCCGGGCCGCCGGGACGGGCGCUCAGCGCCCGCUGCUCCGCGCAGAAUCUUCUGGGAAAGAAAUACAGCACUGGACAAACUUUAAAAUAAUUUUAAACUUCACUGUCAAGGAAGGUGAAACUGACCCAAGUACUCCUAAGCCUAAAUCAAGGAACAAAACGGAGCUUUUCUAAACUGAUUAUUCUUCUCUAAUCGAACCCAGGUAGGAAUGGAUACUGGAAUUAACAAUGGUGAGUUUAUUUCUUCAAUAGGAGACAGAAAAAGAACAAAAGAGAUUUGCUGGGGCGUUGGGAUACAAGAUGAAAACCAGGAUCAUCUGGAUGAAGAAAUCAGAUGUUCCUAAGAUGGUGAGAAUACUAAAGAGUGCUGUGAAUUCUGCACCUGUCCUUUUUGGACAUCAAAUAAAAUAAGGGUCUGGUAGAAAUCA